GAUCCCCGUGCUUUAGGGUUUCUCUUAGCGGGAAUCGGCGACUGCAGCGUCUGAGAGAAGAGGAGGCGAGGAAGGGAGCGAUUCGAUUCCAGCCAUGGCGGGCGACGAAGGAACCCCACAAACCCCUGCUCGACGAGUCACCAGAUCCUCCUCCGCCACACCCUUAAAACCCUCGCUCGUCACCCCGAAUCUACUACCACCGCCAACGCAUCCUCCUCCUCUGGAAUCACUCUGUACGGAGCCCAUGUCUACGGACGAUCUAUUGGCCCUUCUCCCGGGCCGAAAAUCCCAAAUCCUCGAGUUCUUGCGCGUGAUCGGGCCCCCGAACUCCCCGAUGCUCCCGGCCCUCCUGUACGGCGGUCCUUCGACUGGCAAGACCAUCACGAUUCUCCACGUGUUCCGGCUUUUGCGCCGGCGUUUUGUGUACGCCAGCUGCCGAUCCUGUUACAGCCCUCGGAUCUUGUUCGAGACCGUGUUGAACCAGUUGCUGUGCCAUAGGAGGAGUCGGGAGAAUGGGUAUUCCAGUGCCAAGCGCUGCGAGAGGGCGUCCGAUUUCGUGAAUCUUCUCAGAGAUGCUCUGACCCGGGCGAUAACUGCUCCCAGAGAUGAAAGGAAGAAAUCUUGCUCCAAGGAGGGUCACGGCGAUGGAAUUGGUGAGAUGAUUUAUCUGGUAUUCGACAAUGUGGAGCUUAUCAGGUCGUGGGACAAGGGAUCUGAAAUCCUCCCGUUGCUGUUCAGAAUGGCCGAUGUGUUGAAGACUCCUGCAGUCGGUCUGAUUUAUAUAAGUAGGGCAAUGCCUGAUGCUUAUUACUCGAUGACUGGAUCAGUGGAGCCAAUUAGCAUUUACUUCCCUGAUUACACUGUCGAUGAUCUCCAUACCAUAUUCAUGAGAAACCAAGUCAAUCAGAAGUUAUAUUCUUCUUUCUUAAGCAUAGUUUUGAAGCCAUUUUCCAGAGUUACUAAACGUGUUGAUGAGCUAGCAACUGCGUUCGACCCAUUGUUUAAGAAAUAUUGUGAACCACUAACUGAUGUGAGCCUGGUUCCCGAUGAGGCCAUGAAGCGAAAGUUAUUUGAUCACCUGCAGCCACACUUGACAGCUUCACUGAAUGAGAUAUUCACGGUUACUCCUUGGUCACUUGUUGAAGUUGCCAAGGAGCGUACUUCCAAGAGGGGACAUAUAAGGAAACUAUAUGGGAAGGAGGUUUUCAGUGAGUUGGAUAUUCAUAUGUCAACCUCUACUAAAUACCUCCUCAUUUCUGCAUUUCUUGCUUCGAGGAACCCAGCUACUCUUGAUGCAGCACUGUUUGACUCUACUGGAGGUUCCAAUAAUCGUAAGCGAAAGAGGAAGAGCACACAUACGUCCUUGGACCAACAAGAGGAUAUGGCAGAAGAAGUUCUCAUGAAGGGACCUGGAACCUUUCCUUUAGAGAGGUUGUUGGCUAUAUUUCAGUGUAUCACAUCAGUGAUGGAUUGUUCCGUUGAGGAAGAUCAGUUCGAAGAUGGAGUGCUGACAGAAGGUUCAAAUGUCUGGCUAAUGUCUGAUGCUCUAUUGCAGUUGUCUACUCUAUGCAAUGCCAAUUUUAUAUGUAAAAGUGGCAACUUCCAGUUAGAAGGUUCAACACGUUAUCGAUCUAUGAUAGACGAAGAUAUGGCCUUGAAGGUGGCAAGGAGUAUAAACUUUCCACUGUCGAAGUACAUAUAUAGAAGAUAGGUUUCCCAUUUGCCAUCAUGGUUUUGGCGGCCUCAAAUGUAAUAUUAUAUAUAAGAAUUGGGACCUGAUCAGAUAAAAAUGCAGAGUUACAGGUAAUAAUUGGACAAAUGGUAGCCAGCUUCUGAAGCUAGAGAAAUGAGUCAUCUUUCAAGGGCUUCAUUACUUUACAUGUCAUAGUUACACCCAUAGUAUGUGUCAUAUGCACCUCUGACUGAUAAUUUGUCGAAGCAGGAUUGAUGACUUAAUGAAGGAUUACACACAAUUCAUUAAUUGGGAGUUGCAUAAGUAGUUGCUAUGCAUGCUGAAUAGAAUUGUGUAAUUGUUAUAUAUUGGUUGCAGUUGAUCUUGUCAAUUCAAACAUUUUUAUGGAUUUUAGUAUGCUCUGCUUUAUGUACUGGAUAUGAUGCACUGAAGGAUCUUUGUUGUGAAUAUAAUCAUGUACAGAAGAUCUUAUGCAAGCAUUUGUAUUAUCCAUCUAACAAAACUGUAUCUAUCUUUGCUAUUUUUCUGUUCAUAGAAAUUGUCUUUUUCUUGUUUAAACUUGAUGGUUCUGGAGAAUAAUUUUCUGACAUACACUUUGAGCUCAAUCUUGAAUAUAUAUUUCAGCCAGAUAAGCAAGUACAUUAGAAACCCAGAAUUUCCCUUUGAAAUGACUUGAUGGAUGUGAAUAGCUGAUCUGGUGAUAAUUUUCUUGGUCUCCAUCUCUGCAUAAGGUGAAGUGCUUGCCAAGACCAAAGGUUCCUCCAGAAAGAAGAUUGUCGUAUUUCUAUUUGUGGAAUUUGAAUUGAUUCCUAAAGCUUCUGAGCGUUAAAGUGAUUACUAAAGCUUCACUUGCUGUGGCUUCACAUAGAUCAAGACAGGUUCAUGUAGAACGGGAGGAACCAAGAUGAUGUGCAAUUCAUUCUAUUAAUCACUUUGCGGUAUCUUUCCUCCAUCCAUAGUACCAGUGCAAUUACUUACUUUAUAAGCUCGAUUCAGGCACAAGUUUACCAGCAUGGUUCCUGAUUUCAAAGUCAUGAUACAUCAAUGGAGAGUCUAGUGUCCAAACUUCUGCGAGAAAUUUCAUCUUCACAUCAUUAAGACCUGAUGGGGAUGGCAUUUGGAGCUCCAGGGAUGGAAUUUGAUAUGAUGUGCCAUAAUGGCCCUUGUGAUGGAUGUCUUAUUAACUACAAAUUGUGGAGUUUGAAGCUGGAGAACCCCAUUAAACCAUUCAACAACACAUUGAAGUACAGGUAUCAUCUGACUAAAGCAUGCUAAUCAGUGGGCGAUUCCAACAUUGGCCUUCUGGAUUCCUCCACGUUGAUCAUAAAGGAUAGCUGGACUAUCAUUAACAUUUCUUGAUCAUACAAAGCCAAGUUCUGAUGAACAAUCUCAAUAUAAUGCAAC